AUGGAUUACCAAGUGUGUCAGAACUACCACCAGGUCUGCGAGGAUGGUGUCCACAAGCAGAUCAACAGAGAGCUCAAUUCCUCCUGUGUUUAUAUGUCCAUGUCCUCGUACUUUGACCGGGAUGACGUUGUCCUGCGUCACUUUGCCGAGUUAUUCAGGAAGCGGGGACAUGAGGGACCGGAACAGGCUGAGAAACUGAUGGAAUUCCAGAAUCGGCGGGGAGGCCGGAUCUUGCUGGCGGACAUCAAGAAGCCAGAGCAGGAUGAGUGGACCAACGGUCUGGCGGCGAUGCAGAGAGCUCUGCAGAUGGAGAAGGACGUUAACCAGUGCCUGCUGGAUCUGCACAAAUCCGCCACUCAUCACGCUGACCCUCAUCUGUGUGAUUUCCUGGAUAAACACUACUUAAAUGAGCAAGUAAAGAUGACCAAGAGGCUUGGAGAUCACAUCACCAACCUGAAGAGACGAGGAGCCCCUGAGAAUGGUCUUGGAGUGUCUUGGAGAAUCGGCAGUUCUCGAUAA